UUUUCUAGAUCUACUAUCUACGAAUUUUGAUCGUAAUUGUUGAUCGUAAAUUUCAGCAAUUGCCACUUGAUUUUACCUUCGAAAUUCGAACUAGUAAAGCAACGGAUGAUACUUUUUAUGGGAUGGCCUGGUACGAAAAGAUUCGACGCGAAAUUUAAUUAUAACACGCAUGACUCACCUUUCGUCGCAUAUACCUUUCGUCGAAAUUAGACUGAUAUGAAAAAUGCGAGAUAUAAAAAGUCUAUAAUGAACCAUCGAUUCAAAAAUAAAAUCACCGCUGGAAAAUAAGAGGUGAACGCGCUAUGGCCCGAUACCUUACGACGUAUAAAAAGGAUUACACGUGGCCCUCGACCAGGUACAAACGCAAGAUAACUUCGCUAAGCGAAUAUGCUUCUUGCAAAUGCCACGAUCGUCCACGAGAGAUAAAGCCGCUGGUACGUUGCGGGGACGAUUACGACUGGAGUCGCACGGGUCCCAUGGGGCGGCUUCUGGACCCAAAGCUUUAUCCUGCAAAAACGGGACCGCAUCCGGAAACCGAAGCCACGAGAUUCGAUCAACCAGCCACGUACAUGAGAAAGUUGGAAGAGAAACAUCCUAAUCUCUAUGGAGUUCUACAGAGUACUCCUAUCGACGAAGUAAUUAAACGCGUUGACGAAGAUCGACUGAAGACAACAUACCAGUUGGAUUAUUCCGACAAAGCCGCGCCAAUGGAGGAUAUCUCUACGGGGGCUCCCUGUGGUAUCGGACAAGAAGAAGCAAAGGACAUAGACUGUCGACCCUCUACUCGAGCUAAGCUAUCGAAAGUAUCUAGUGGAGAUGACAGAGACAAAAUAGGAAAGAGGCGGUCGAAGAGAGUGGCCGGGGCUGAAGACGAAUCGCAGGAAACGCGAUUACUUCCGUGGCGAUCGGAAUACCAAGAUACUAUCAGUAAACUAGGCCAAUCGAUUCUAAAAUACAACAUUCAUCAAAAACACGAUAGUGCACCAGCUUGGGCGGCAGCUGCCUUGUAGAAAUUAAUUGUAUCGCUGUGU